GAGAGAGAGAGAGAGAGAGAGAGAGAGAGAGAGAGAGAGAGAGAGAGAGAGAACACGGAGCAAAGAAACCACAACCUUGUCAUUACAGUCUAUAGCAACUGCAACACGAUGUUCUUGGCGAUCCAUUUAUUUAUUUCUGUAUGUUUUAAUCUUUUUGUAUGUUUUUAAAUAUAUAUAUUAUUAUUUAUUCCAAUUGCAUGCCCCUAUACAAUGCUGUUCAUUUUAAGCUUGGUGCGACCGAGGAGCAAGGGGAUACGUCGUUAAAGGCAAUAAAGGUUGAACUUUAUAAAUCUAAAUGGGAAAUCAAGCUGCGACUAGCAUCGCCCACCAGAGACUGAAAGCUCCAUGCAGGUCCCAGUCCGUGUCUUCGCCCAGUGGUCUGGAAUGCAGGGGCUGCUUUUGACGAUCGGUGCAUGCAAACAGGAGCCGGCGUUUUUAAAAUAAAAAUACAUAUAUUUUGGGAGAUUUUGGAUAUUCUGCCGUCGAGGAAGCUUUUUGAAGAGGACGGCUCCUCCUCCGCGUACUGUGGCUGGCAGAGGCAUUCUCUCCUGCUCCAGGAUCACUAUGUCAGCAGCCCCCUCCGUCUGGCCCCUGGAGAAGGAUCCCGCUGCCCAGUAGGAUGCUGGCUCUCGCCUGGUCCCACCUGUCUGCACACCUCAUCAUCCUCUCAUCCAUCGGCGCCUCCACGCUCCACCAUGAAUGAUGAGGAGAUCCUUAACAACAACGCUGUGGCCUGGCUGGUCUGCUCAGGCGUCUCCAUCCUGGCCAACACCUGGGGGAUACUGAGCGUCAGCGCCAAGCAGAAGAAAUGGAAGCCCCUGGAGUUCCUCAUCUGCACCCUGGCCGGCACGCACAUCCUUAACAUGGUCAUCCCCAUCACCAUGUACUCCGUGAUCCAGCUGCGCCGGCAGCACUCGGACUACGAGUGGAAUGAGGGACUCUGCAAGGUCUUUGUCUCCACCUUCUACACCCUGACCUUGGUUACUUGCUUUUCCGUCACCUCCCUGUCCUACCACCGCAUGUGGAUGGUCCGAUGGCCGGUCAACUACAGGUAUGGGUUAAGCAACUCGAAGAAGCAAGCAGUCCACACGGUCAUGGGGAUCUGGAUGGUGUCCUUCAUUCUCUCCACACUGCCAGCAGUGGGCUGGCACGACACUACGGAGCGCUUCUACGCGCGGGACUGCCGUUUCAUCGUCACGGAGAUCGGCCUGGGCUUCGGGGUGUGCUUCCUGCUCCUGAUCAGCGGGAGUGUGGUCAUGGGGGUGGUCUGCAUCGGCAUCGCCCUCUUCCAGACGUUUUCCAUCCACGCGGGACACAACGCUGAUAAGAACAAGUUCAACGUGCCCACCAUAGUGGUGGAGGACGCGCAGGGCAAGCGGAGGUCCUCCAUCGACGGCUCGGAGCCCCUAAAGACUUCUCUACAAAUCACCUACUUGAUCAGCGGCAUCGUAUUCAUCUACGAUUUUCUAACUGGAUUCCCCAUACUGGUGGUGAGCUUUGCCAGUCUCAAGUAUGACCGUUCGUACAGCUGGAUGGUGCUGUGCGUCCUCUGGUGCUCCAUUGCCCAGUCUAUCCUGCUGCCCAUGUUCCUGUGGGCCUGCGAUCGCUACAGAGCGGACGUCAAGAUGGUCUGGGAGAAGUGCGUGGCCAUUAUGUCCAACGACGAAGUCGAUGAAGAAAACAGCCAGGAUGGAGGAAUUCAUCCGGACUUAAUAUAUGACAGACCGUAUGACUAUAGCUGUGCAGCUGAAAUCAUGACGGUAGACCGUAUGGCCAAGUAUGAAUUCUCAACACUAGAAAGGGGGGUCGUCUCCCAGGCUUACCCAAUGAGGGAACUACAGGAAGAUAAAAUGCAGUAUCUGCAGGUGCCUCCUACAAGAAGAUUCUCCCACGACGAGACCGACAGCAUAUGGACUGCAGUGCAGGUCCCGUCCUACCUCCAUCGCUGGGGCUCCACGGAGGACAUCAUCGGGGUCCCGCACUACAGCUCUCCGCGACACGAGAGGAGGAGAAGCAGUCUGGUCUCCUACCACGAGGAGAGCCUGCUGUACCACAAGCGGAGGAAAUCCGAGGAGAGCAUCAUAUCUCUGAAGCAGCUGCCUCGGGAGGAGGGGGAGGAGGAGGAGGGUGCUAACUGCUUCAGCCGGGACGAGGUGAUCAACUUCAUCGACGAGACUCCCCUGCCCAGCCCCAUGCACACCCCCCGCCGCGCCUCCGCCAUCUCCCUGAUCCCCGACAUCUACGAGCAGCAGAUCAUCCUGUACCCCCACUUCCCCCUCACCAACUUCGAGAGGGAGCCCCAAGUCCUACGGAGAUUCUCGGAGCACGGGAAGGGUUGUUCGCUGGCCAGGGGGGCAGUGGAACCCCACCAGCACUCUGGGAACGCUGUUACCUGCGAUGGCAGAGGCAGUCGGCAACGCUCCGGGGCUUGUGGGAGUGCCAAGGACAGCCGUGGCUCUCGGGACCCAGGGGGUGGCCUCCAUUCAGAGCUAUCGCUGCCCAGCAACACCCACCGGACGGGCGACCGUUCCUCCAGGAGGUUUAGGACAGGCCUGGGGGGCAGUAACAGCCAGGAGAAACUGACUAAAGUGGAGAGCAAAGGAAGCACAAACAGUUUUUUAAGCUCUCCCUCUGCUUCUUCAGGAUAUAUAACGUUUCACUCUGAUUCCAUUGGGUCGGCAUCUUAAGGAACAAAGGAUUUUUUAAUUUGAUUGUAUUGCUUUGUUCCUCAGCGUGUGGGUUGUAGCCCUUUCUGUUUUGUGUCAUGGGAUCAGUUUAUAAAAAUGGAGCUUCUUAGAAAAGCACCAAAGAAGAAACACAUAUAUGAUUUUGUGAAUGUUAUUGAAUAACACAAGAGGGAGUUUUUGGAAACAGGGUGUAAUGUACAUGCUCAGCUGUUUAUGUGUUUAGCUCAGAUAGACCCCAGCUGAAGUCUCUAGUUCUGUGGCAUCAUCCAGUACAUACUUCUUGUAUGUUCCUGCUUUUAAAAUCGUCAGAAGACAGCAAGCAACAGUGAAAUGGUCUGUGUGAUCUGAGCAAAGCUACUUGCUGUAUAUAGAAAGCGAAUUCAGCGCAGCCAAACAGAAAUCGAUUUCUUAGAGUCUUAAAAUAUUACCCAUGUUAUUAUCUCUUUUUUUUUUUUUUUUACAAGAUUCUACCCAAGAGCGUUUUGUUCACAAUAAUGUCUUAGUAUUUGUUCACUAUUGGUUCACUCCUAUGACACAUUUUGAGAAGAGUCUCAUUGCCUAAGUGAAGCACAGUACCACAGCUAAAUCCCCUUUGUUCUAAUACAGCUAAGCACUGCAUCAGUUACCCCAGGUUAAAGAGAGUAGCAAUCCAUGUCGCAUUGUAUUUGAUGACUUGGCUUGCUACUGAUGAAGGGAUGUUACAUUUGGAUGGGAAUAGAGAUGCAAAAGGUGUUCUAACAGCUAUCUGUAUAGCAGAGCUUGGAUCUGUGCUUGUUUCUUAAAAAUAAUUCAGUCUAUACCGAGUACCAGUGCAGGACAUGGGGAGUGUGACUUGAAUCAGAGACUUCACAAGCUUUCCAGAAAUUAAAAACUUCAAACCUCCUGAGAGAAGGGUGAACACAGUACCAAAGCGGGUCCCUAAUUAUGCAAAAACGUGUUGCUAUUAAAUGAGAAGCUAAUUGAACUUAAUAAACCAGCUAGAGACUUUGAGAUAUUUAAAACCAUUUCUACAUGCAAAUCUCCUUGUUAUGCAGUAUAUAUUGAUUCCAUUUCACAGUUUGCAUUCACCUUUCUACUAGCUGAGCAAUAAUAGAGAUUACAUCACCCCGGCUUAUCCAGGUCAAACUAAUUACUUGAUUCAGGUUGGCAUUUAGACUCAAGUAAUUAGCACUCGUGGGGUUACACUGCAUCAUUUGAAUGAAAUAUCACUCACGUACGGUUUCAUAUGAAGAACUGAUUAUCAGUCUUUGCAAGGGUCAUGGGUGGAAACAGCAAGUAGCUGUGAUUAUGAGGCUCUGACUUUUUGUGUUUUCCUGCAGAAAAUGAAUUUCUACAUUAUAUUAGGUAGUAUAAGAGGGAGGCUGUGUUAACUGGGAUAAAAUCAAAAUGAUUUCAUGAAUAGUGGAGCAGUAUUGGUUUUGAUUAAAAUGUCAUUGGUUGCGUGCAGUAUCUCUCUCCCUUUCGUUUGAUCCAUUAACCCUUUUUUGUCCCUCAGUAGUACCCUUACACCUGACUCCACAUGGGUGAAGACGUGCCUGUUAGGAGAAUCCAGCCCACAAUAUCCGUCUUAUUAUAAAAUGCUGAUUUUUCUAAUAGAUCUGCUUCCGUUUCAGGACCGACAGACAGGACAGCUUUUCUAUUUAUAAAAUCUGCAUGUUUUACGACCUGGAGGUUGUUGGCUAAGCUGAUCUAGCAGGGAUUUGGGAUCAUUGGUAGCUCUUGGCAAGGCUGGAAGCUUUCUGCUCUAGGCACUCUUAUGUAACACCAAACCUAAAAGAAGUUUGUUUCCAAAGUUGACCCCACCACUAGAGCCAGCACUGAAAUGCUGCUGUUCCUCAAUCUAUUGCCCGUGGCAGAUCAUCUUUAGAUCUAUACUGGACAUUGAGUUUGCUGUUCAUUAUCCCAAAUCACUGUGUUUCUGGGCAUGCUUUCAAUUGAGGAUUGGGUUACUGUUGCAAUAACAGAGAAACUGCUUUUAAUUGUUGCCACUCUUAAGCACAAUAUUUUGAAGACACAUUUUUUUUGCCGCAACUCGCUGCAAACUUUUUUCUGUUCUUUUUUCAUUUCUUUCUUUCUUUUUAAUUCUAAAGGACAUACUGAAGUGUUUCUGUGAUGUUCUGGUUGUGCUUUGGUUACUUACUAUUUCCCAUGGGGAUUUUCUGUUUGUAAACGUGAUGGGAAUGAUAUGAAGGUUUGAAAUUAAACACACACAAAAAGAAAAAGACUAUUUUGAGUAACAUACAGACUGUUUUUUUAAAUUAUUAUUUUAAAUUGAAGACAAGCAAAGGUGCAAUGAUUUUUUUUUAAUUGUAUAGGCCCUGUUGUGUUUUUACAACAAGAUGAUGAAACGGCAGUACUUUUAGAGUGAGUGUGUUUGGUGCCAAAAGAAUAUAGUUAUUUUUUACAGUAUUACGUCAACAAAACUGUAAAAUAUCCCAUUCUUCAAGGUUACAUACAUGACCGACUGUCUAUUUAAUGCACAAUAAUGUUUGAUGUUUUUGUUGGUCACAAUUUUGUUUCAAUGAUAAUUUUGUUGCAAAAGAAAAAAAAUGUUUUGAAGAAAAGCCAGCCACCACUUCUUUAAAUUGUUCUGUGUGUAUUUUUCGUUCGUAACAUCUUGAUGUCAUUCUGUUCUUGGUGAUGUUUUAAUGCCUUGCGGAAAUGGACAUCUCUUGGUCCAGUUGCAUUUGUCUUAAAUUGAUCAUAUUUAAAGGGUUUUACUCACAACUCAACUUUAUCGGUGGUUUACACUUUUUUUGAGAACCUUUUAAGAUUCUGUUCUGUAAGGAACAAAAAAUAAAGAAAAUGUUUAAAUAUAAA